AAGACUGAAACAUGGCGGCGCCCAUAGUGGAGGAGAGCUGGUCGGGGAGUGAAAUGGACAGUCUAUCAAAUUCGGAGAACAACUCGGAAUCAGAUUCAAAAGAUGAAAUGGCUGACUUCUUAGUGCAGUUCGUGGAUAAAGAAAUUGGCAGUGACCUAAAGUCAUUAGGUAAAGUUAGUGCCUUGUUAGAGAAACUGAAGACUGAAAACAAGGAUUUGGAAGAACAGGCAAGCCUACUGACAGCAUCCAGCUCUGUUCCUUUACGUGUUGCUGCUGCCCUCGACUCUGCCGAGAAAUGUCGAUCAGAUUUGGAAACGUUAUUGCAGAGAGAGAGGGUGCUCUCAAACACGCUGCAACAGCAUCUCCAAGGUGCACAGACCUGGGCAGACAGCCUUGGACAAACACUUGGUCAGUUGGACUCAAUCGAGAAGCACCUGAAGUACUUGCAGUGUGUAGCGCGCAUCGAAGAACUCAGUGACAACAUUCAGCAGUGUCUGAUGACCAGUAGCACCUGGGAGGCGGUGUCAGCCAUCGGGACGCUGGCCAGUCUCGACAUGAGUUUGCAGGAGUCUGGCUGCUCUCAUCUGCAGGCAUUCCUGAGAGAAACCCUAAGCUUUUGGCACAAGAUCAUCAAAGACAGACUUGCAGGGGACUUUGAGGAGGUUCUCACCCAGUUGCACUGGCCCUUCAUCUCCCCUCCGACCUCCACUCUCGCGCCGCCCACCAACGCCCAGGAACUCCACAGCCAGCUGGAGCUACUGGUCUCUCAGCUCCUCGCCCUGCAAACAUCUGAUGAUCUAAUAUCGGAGAAGGAGUCCCCUUCGCGCUCUGGCCUUCCCCAGUCUCAUCCCCUCCCUCUGCCCAUCAAGAUCAUGCUGGUUCCUCUCAACAAGCGCUUCAGGUACCACUUCACUGGCAACCGGCAAACCAACUCGCUAAACAAGCCAGAGUGGUAUCUCACCCAGAUUCUCAUGUGGAUGGGAAAUAACUCCAACUUCAUGGAAGAGAAGAUACAGCCUAUUUUGGAUCACUCCAAAGCCAACAUCAAUGCUAAGGUGGAGCUGUGCCGUGGCCUCUUGGCUCUCGCUCAGGAGAAGCUGGCUCUGGACGCCUCACGACUCCUGUACGACGACACUCUCUUCUGCCACCUGGUGGACGAGGUGCUCCAGUUUGAGAAGGAGCUGCGCACCACACACGCCUACCCCUCCACUUCACCCGGCGCCCUGCCCACCCUGCUGGAGGAGGCCGUGCUCCAGAAAUGGCUCAGCGUGGAGAGGAAGAUGGCACUAGAGAAAGUGGAUGCUAUGCUGUCUGCUGAGGGGGCUUGGACGUCCCAGUACAGAGAAAUCUCAGACAUGGAUGAGUUGAAGGCUCCAGACUGUGCAGAAACCUUCAUGACACUGCUGCUGGUCAUUACAGACCGCUACCGCUCGCUGCCCUCUCCGCGGGCGCAGCUCAGCUUCCUGGCACUGCAGAGGGAACUGGUGGACGACUUCCGCAUCCGCCUGACUCAGGUGAUGAAGGAGGAGUCCUGGAACCCCCUGGGAGUGCGCUACUGUGCCAUCCUCAACGCCGCCAAUUACAUCUCUGCAGUGCUGAGUGACUGGGGAGACAAUGUGUUUUUCCUCCAGUUGCAACAGGCUGCAGUGGCCCUUGGUGACGAAGUUCUGGGGCCUCUCAGCCCAACAGAGUCUGGCCGCCUGGCCUCCCUGGAGGGCUCCCUGUUUGAUGAGUUGCUGGGAUUGCUUGAGCGUCUCCGUGGCGAUAUGAUGGGUCGACUUCUGGACGCAGUGAUGAGAGACGUCCGUGAGAAGACCCAGGUCUAUAUUCGAGACAGAUGGUUGUCCUUGCCCUCCCAGUGUGACCAGGCCACCAUGUCUCUCUCCAGUUCGGCCUGUCCCAUGAUGCUUUGCCUUAGGAACCACCUACUGCAGCUGCAGCAGCUGCUCAGCAUUCCGUUGUUCCAGAUGUUUUGGCAAGGCCUGGCCGAGAGGCUGGAUCUCUUCCUUUACCAAGAUCUCAUCUUAUACAACCACUUCAAUGAGGGUGGGGCUGCCCAGUUACAAUUUGACAUGACAAGGAACCUCUUCCCCCUCUUCGGACAUUACUGCAAGAGACCUGAAAAUUUCUUCAAACACGUGAAGGAGGCUUGCAUUAUCCUAACCCUGAACAUGGGCUCUGCACUACUGCUGCGAGAUCUCCUGAGAGAGACUGAAGAGAUGAUCGGCCCAGAGGAGCAGCAGCCCAGUCCAGAGGCGGCCCUCAACGAGCAAGGAGUGUUCCGUCUGACCCCAUAUGACGUCACCAUCCUCCUGGGGCUCAGGGCAUCAUGGCCUGCACAGUGACAUGAGUGGCAUGACACUUCAAACACCUACCCUGAACAUUUCGCCAUACACCCCAUAAAAGGCCGCUCCACUCAGCAGACUUGAAGUGAAUCUUCCACCUACAACAGCCGCCAAAGAGCUGGUUGGAACGAUCCCUUUAAUGAUGAUCAUACAUUUGAUUUGUGGUAAUUUUUGUGUUAUUUUGGAAUCGCAUGGAAAAAUGUCCCAUCACACUAAACUAACCAAGUCAACCAAUAUCUGUAAAAAUAAUUAAAUAAACAAACAUAUGAAAUUUAA